AUGGUUGUGAAACUAUACGGACAGGUAACCGCAGCUUGUCCACAAAGAGUCUUGCUUUGUCUUCUGGAGAAAGAUAUUGAAUUUGAGAUUGUUCAUAUUGAUCUUGAUACAUUAGAGCAGAAAAAACCAGAACACCUUCUUCGCCAACCAUUUGGUCAAGUUCCAGCCAUAGAAGAUGGAAAUUUCAAGCUUUUUGAAUCUCGAGCCAUUGCGAGAUACUACGCGACCAAACACUCAGACCAAGGCACGAACCUUUUGGGCAAGUCUUUAGAGCACCGAGCCAUCGUGGACCAGUGGACCGAUGUUGAGGUCGGUUACUUCAACGUUUUGGUACACCCUUUAGUGAUGAACCUAGUCAUCAAGCCGAGGCUAGGCGAAGAAUGUGACGCCGUUUUAGUCGAGGAGCUGAAGGUGAAGCUUGGAGUGGUCUUGGACAUAUACGAUAACCAGCUUGCUUCGAACCGGUUUUUGGCUGGUGAUGAAUUCACUAUGGCUGAUUUGACGCAUAUGCCGGCUAUGGGGUACUUAAUGCGUACCGAUAUAAACCGGAUGGUUAAGGAUCGGGUGAAUAUGAACCGGUGGUGGGAAGAGGUUACGGCUAGACCGGCUUGGAAGAAACUUAUGAAGAUGGCUGGUUUUCUGACUUAG